GUACCAUCAGCAACUGGACCAAUGAGGACCGCAUUCCCCCUUGUACCAUAUUCCAGGCAUUCAAAUAUUACCUGGACAUCACCACCCCUCCCACACCCAUUCUACUGCAACAGUUUGCCUUACUGGCCACCGACGAGAAGGAGAAGAAGCGCCUACAGGUUCUUAGCAUGGGUCUCCAGGAUUAUGAGGAAUGGAAGUGGUCGAAAAACCCCACCAUGGUAGAAGUGCUGCAGGAAUUCCCAUCCGUGCAGAUGCCUUCGACCCUCCUGCUAACCCAGCUCCCUCUGCUUCAACCCCGUUACUAUUCCAUUAGUUCCUCCCCAGAUAUGUACCCGGAUGAAGUCCAUCUCACAGUGGCUGUGGUGUCCUAUCGCACCAGAGAUGGCGAAGGCCCAAUACACCAUGGCGUAUGUUCUUCCUGGUUCAACCAGAUACAGGAGGAUGAAGUAGUUCCGUGCUUCGUCAGAGGGUAAGGUGGGGUGAAGUGAAGAUUCGAAAAUGAAACUGAACCACUUGGGUGCCAGUCUGCUUUCAAUCUUGUUGAAGUUUCCAGACACAGGUUCCACUUUAGUCCAGGUCCGUGAUGUGGCACAUGCAGCCAUAUUGCCUGGCAGCACCCGUUCCUCUUCUGGGUUUCUGGCACGCAUGAGCACACAACAAUCAGCUGGCCUUUGGGUGUGUGGCAGUGCCAGAAACUGGAAGACCUGGUCUUCUCUUUUCUGGUGUGAGCAGGCAUGCCGGCCAGUUGAUUGGUAACUGGAAGACUUGCCGGAAAGUAGAAGUACAUUUCCUGGUGCAUGCAUGCCCCCUGGGCAACUUCUCUUCCUGGGCGUGGCCCAAAUGAGUGUGAACCAUGCACACACACCCGACGUGCUCCCUUUUGGUACUUGGUGCUGCGCACACGCUCCCUUUUUGGCCCUCAGUACCAAAACUGUUUGCCAUCACUGUUCUAGGUUGACCACAAUGCUAAGAAUCAAUUCACUUGCUAUUUAACCUUUGACUCCAAAAUGUCUCUUGGUCAAAGCCGAAACUGCAUUACAGGUAGGAAUCUUUGACUUAAACAAGCAUUCAUCGAAUGAUGGUUCAAAGUUACAACAGCCUCGGAGAAAGUGAUUGUACGUCCUUAAGUUAUAACGAGAGAUUCUGCUUGUUAUAAAACUUCAACCGUAGGACCAAUUCCCUAGGGAUGGUGGAAGCAUUCUUUCUCCAGGUAUAUUCAUACAAUAGUCGGGUGGCUGAUAAAUGUUUUACUUCGGAUUAAAGUAGAAAAGCUUCUUCCACCUUCGGUGCUCUCUUCAACCUGAACCACUUUAAGAUGCACGGACUUCAAUAGAAUGGGAUUCUUUAUUGGCCAAGUGUGAUUGGACACACAAGGAAUUUGUCUUUGGUGGAUAGGCUCUCGGUGUACAUUAAAAAGUCCUUCGGGGUUGGGCAGCAU